UUGGCUGAAUAUCGCUGCACAUGGUUCCAGCAUGAUGGUGCACCUCCACAUGUCGUGAGGUUCGUCCGUGAGUGCCUCAAUGAGCUAUUUGAUGAUCGCUGGACCGGCAGACUAGGACUACACGCUUGGCCACCUCGCUCAUCAGAUCUGACCCCGUUGGACUUCUUUCUGUGGGGGUAUGUGAAAGAAAGGGUUUUUAAUCGUGAGUGUGAUAGUGCUGACGAAAUGCGCCAAAGGAUCGUGGAUGUUUUCGACAAACUACGUACGGACUUUUUAUAUUUAGCUAUACAAAAAUGUAUAAUACACUGUGUAAAAGAAUCAAGUAUAUAA